AUGUGGAAGCCGUCGGAGAGGCUGAUGGACACCAUCAGACAUUAUGCCAGCUUCCCUGCAACUGGUGUCUCUCUCCGGCAGAUGGUGCAAUUUGGAGAUAGACCCUCCACAGGCACCCUCUUUCGCGCGUCCCAAUUCCUUUCCGAAGAACUUCCGAUACGUCUCGCUCAUCGCGUCCAGGACCUUGGAGAACUUCCGGAUGGCCUGAGUGAAAUGCCGUCCAUCAAGAAGGUCCAGGACUGGUACGCACAGUCGUUUGAGGAAAUUAUCACCCUACCCCGACCUACCCUUACCCAGGAAGUCAAGGCCCGCUUGCUACGCCCGGGGAGAAUCAACGGGGGAUUCUCAAAGGUCCUCUCCGAGACAACGCAGAACCCCAGUAUCCGUGAAGGACAAUAUCGGUCCUCUCCCUCCUCUUUGUUGAAUGGCAAUGGUAACGGCAAAGGAGCUGCGGUGGGACGAAGGUACUAUGCCCCAUCUGACGACCAGGGUAAUUGGCCACCGGAAUUGAACGACUACAAUGAACGCUUCGCCAGGACUUUACAGCACAUCAAGCGGAGACACGACAGUGUCGUGACUACCGUCGCCCAGGGUAUUCUCGAGUGGAAACGAAAGCGCCAACGCCUACAGAUUGACUCCACCGUCCAGUCGUUCCUCGAUCGGUUCUACAUGUCCAGAAUUGGUAUACGAAUGUUAAUCGGCCAGCACAUCGCGUUAACGGAGCAAACACAUGUUCGACAACCAAGCUAUGUUGGGAUUAUAUGUACGAAAACCAAUGUGCGAGAAGUGGCUCUCGAGGCUAUUGACAAUGCUCGUUUCGUCUGUGAAGAUUACUAUGGUCUUUUUGAUGCGCCCAAAGUGCAACUUGUCUGCAAGGAAGAUCUGAACUUCAUGUACGUUCCGGGUCACCUGUCGCAUAUGCUCUUUGAGACCUUGAAGAACUCCCUGCGUGCGGUGGUGGAAGCUCACGGCGCAGACAAGGACGCCUUCCCGGUCACCAAGGUUAUCAUUGCAGAAGGCAAAGAAGACAUUACCAUCAAGAUCUCGGACGAAGGUGGUGGCAUCCCCCGUUCUGCCAUCCCCUUGGUCUGGACGUACAUGUACACUACCGUAGAGCAAACCCCAAGCCUGGAUCCUGAUUUCGACAAGAGUGAUUUCAAGGCCCCUAUGGCUGGUUUCGGAUACGGUCUGCCCAUCAGUCGACUGUAUGCUCGCUACUUUGGCGGAGAUCUCAAACUGAUCAGUAUGGAAGGAUAUGGCACCGACGUCUACCUUCAUCUCAACCGGCUCUCGUCGAGCUCGGAGCCCCUGCAAUGA